AUGCUAGAUCUUUUAAGGAGAGAUCUCUUGAACCAUUACAAAUUAAAACUUACAACUAAACUCUGUGAGAAAAAUAAAAAACGUAUGUUAAAAAAAUCAAUUCCAAAUAUGUAUUCAGUGAAGCCGAAAGUAUUUAAAGAUUUGACUUAUGCAUAUGAUUUUGAUGUCAUGAACAAAAAGAAUGAUGAUUUAAAUUUUGACAAGGAGAUAUCUGAAGAACCGAUUUUUAUAGAGAAUCUGGAAUCAAACACUUCAGAAAAUGAUAAAAUAAUAAUUGACGUCGAGAAAAUUGACCAAGAUUCGAUAUUUAGUGAAAAUGAAAUAGAAAACACAAAUCUCGAGAAUGAUGGCAACACACUCAAUGCCAUAGUUACAGAAAAAAUUCCAGAAGUCGAACAGAAUAAUAAUAUUUUUGAAGUUUUGAAGAAGAAUGAGAAAUUUGAAAAUAUAAAAACCUUUCCCACAUAUUCUCAAAGUGAAUCUAAAGAUGAAAUGAAUAGCCACGACCCAAUUAUUCUUAAGCCCGACCUUCCAACUGUUGAUAGAAUAAAAGAAACUAAAUUCGAAACUAAAGACUCCGAAAUUCUAAAUUUGGAGAACCUAGAAAAACAUUUUGUAGAUGACUAUGCUCCAGUAUUUAUAACCGAAACAAAUGAAAAUGGAAUGUAAAAAAUAUCAAUUAUUUUUAGUGAGUUAUCUAUUUUUUCAAAUUUUAAGCGCGAAAAUUGGUUCAAAAAUUUUUA